CUCCUUCCCCCCGCCCUCCACUCCUCCCCGCCUCCCUGCCCUUCUAGCCCACCAGUGUCGAAACUCGAUGGUUUUUGGCGCCGCGCCGGCUGCUCUAGCUCUUUAGCUUUCACUCUUUGGUUUCCGGCCCUCUUCUGGCGCCUCUGCCGGCUCUGACUCCGGGAGACUGCGCUCUGCACGUGGAGAGGUGCGCCGACCCCGCGACCUCGCCCUCGCCAGCCGCAUGUUCGAGGAGCCCGAGUGGGCCGAGGAGGCCCCAGCAGUCACGGACCUCCGGCCUGUAGUGUCACGGCCUCGGCUCACGGCAGCCUCGCAAAUCAAGGGCUCCAAGCGCCGCAAGCUCUUGGCCACAUUACAGGCCCUGGAGGCAGCAUCUCUUCCCCAGCAGCCCCCUAGCCUGCCUGGCAGUGACUCUGAGGAGGAGGAGGUGGUAGAAAGGAAGAAGAAACGCCCAAAAAAGGCCUUGUUUGCCAGUGCUUCUACUGAAGUAGAGGAGAAAAGGAAGACCAAACGUCAAAAACAGGGCCCCCCUAGCAGUGACUCUGAGGAAGAGGAGGUGGAAAGGAAGAAGUGCCACAGAGGGGCUCCUCUUGGCAAUGACUCUGCUGAAGAAGAGAAGAGAAAGAGGAAACGCUGGAAACAGGCCCCCUCAAAUCCUGCCCAACACCUGGACAGUGUUGACCAAACAGGUCUCAAAGCCUGGAAUUCUAGUGCGACAAGUGACUCCGCCAAGCCAAGCCCUGAGACCCCUUCCCCUCAACCUCCCCGGACCUUGAGUCGCAAGCAGUGGCGGAACCGGCAGAAGAACAAGCGCAGGCAGAAGAACAAGUUCCGGCCACCCCAGCCACCAGAGCAGGCCCCGGCCCCGGCCACAGGCCCCACUGCGCAGACCGAGGUGCCUCCUGUCCUCAGUCCGGAUAGCCACGGAGCCCGGGCGGAGGCUCUGCGAGCCCGCAUGGCCCAGCGCCUGGACGGCGCCCGCUUCCGCUACCUCAAUGAACAGCUGUACUCAGGGCCCAGCAGUGCUGCGCAGCGCCUCUUCCAGGAAGACCCUGAGGCUUUUCUCCUCUACCAUCGUGGCUUCCAGAGCCAAGUCAAGAAGUGGCCACUGCAGCCUGUGGACCGCAUCGCCAGGGAUCUUCGCCAGCGGCCUGCAUCCCUGGUAGUGGCUGACUUUGGCUGUGGGGACUGCCGCCUGGCUUCGAGUAUCCGGAACCCUGUGCAUUGCUUUGACUUGGCCUCUUUGGACCCCAGGGUCACUGUGUGUGACAUGGCCCAGGUGCCUCUGGAGGAUGAGUCUGUAGAUGUGGCUGUGUUCUGCCUCUCACUGAUGGGAACCAACAUCAGAGACUUCCUAGAGGAGGCAAAUCGAGUGUUGAAGCCAGGAGGUCUCCUGAAAGUGGCGGAGGUCAGCAGUCGCUUUGAAGAUGUUCGUAACUUUCUGGGGGCUGUCACCAAACUAGGCUUCAAAGUCAUCUCCAAGGACCUGACCAACAGCCACUUCUUCUUGUUUGACUUUCAAAAGACUGGUGCCCCUCGAGUAGGGCCCAAGGCUCAACUCUCAGGCCUGAAGCUUCAGCCUUGUCUGUACAAGCGCAGGUGACGUCUGGACCCCCUCUUGAAAGAGGAGGCAAGUCUUGAACUCCAGGCUCAGUAUCUGAAGACUGUAUCCAGCCAGGCUGUGACCCAGGACCUGGUACCACCCUUACUGUGCCCCAGGAACAAAAUGAAAUGAAACCUCUGGGUCAGCCCUGCUCUGAUGAAGGCUUCUUGGUUGCAAGAAGCAUAAAGUCAUUUGGGCUAGCUAAAGAAUGAGGAGUUUAUUGGAGAAUGCAGGAGUAUCUGGGAAUUACGGAUCCCCUAGGUGUCGUGGAAACCACAUGGUUUGAAAUUCAAGGCAUCUCUGGGUUUGGCUCCUCUUUUUAAUCUCUCAGGAGCCACAUGGGCUUUCUGUCCUAGUAUCUCCACUCUCCUCUCUUCUGCUUUUCCUGUCUGCAGACCAGCUCCUGCUGACCCUUAGCUUCUACAGCUUUGGUCUGUCUAGGUCUUCAAGGCCUCGGGCAGGCAUUGCUUCUUGGCUCUGGGGCAACUGGUAGCCCCCUAACAUCCUGGCUGAGUACAUCAGUCUGGGCUUCUAAGUCAGGGUGGUUGAUUGUCCCUAUACUGUACUGGGCACUUCUUUCCCCUGGUCCUCAUCUUCUUUGGAGCCACAUGGCCCAAACUGCUCCUAGUACCUGUUGUCCUGUGGGGCCCUGGUGUUUCUCUCGCUGGGAGCACAGACUUUGGAUCAGGUAGGUCUGCCACCUAUUGUCAUUUAAUCUCUGAAUGUCACAGUCCUCAUUUGGAAGAUGAGAGGAUUCCUGUCUCAUGGGAUUGUUGUGUGGGGUAACUGAGGACGCCUGUAGCUGGGUCCAUAGGAGGUACUUAAUAAACUGUAGCUGGCUGUUGUAUGUUGUAAGCGUUGCUGUUUUCUAAAGACCUUCCCCAGGCAGGGUUAGGGGUUGAAGGAUGAAGAAUGAAUAUAUUGACUGAGAAAAACUGUGAGAGAACUGAAGAUAGCCUUUCAACAGGCUUAUUUUAUAGGAUAUUUAGAGAUUCUUGACAGAUUCUGAGCUGUUCUUGGAGGGGGUUUGUGUGGGAGCUGAGUCUCUUCGUAAAUAACAGCUGGUUGUUGCCAUUUGGGUUGGGGACUGAGCUGCUCGUUGGCAGAAGGGUCUGCCUGUUGUUUCUGCCUUGCACUGGGCCCAGAUCAGCAUGUGCUGGGAAAGCUAUGGGCAGGGAAAGCUAAUGCUGGGAGAAGAUGAACUAGGAUGAUAGGUCCUCGGCCUCUUCUAGAAGGCAUCUGCCAAGGGCCAGGUAUAUAAAUGCAGCCUGUUCUACCAAUUUCAAAGAACAAGAGCUGAGAGUGACCACUGGGACAUGGUUCCAGAGCUCUGGGCCAGUUGGGUGCCUCCAGUUAAGGAGAUGGAUGUUUUGAGGCAGGCUGGAGGCGGAGGGCAUGUUUGGAGGCUGGGCUGUGAACCAUUCAGCAGGUUGUGCUCAGUACCUUUGCACAUGCUCCUCUCUGCUGAACACUCGUCUCACUGGCAAAGUCGUACUCAUCCUUCCACACAGCCUCGUUGAUUCCUACUCCAUUACUCCCAAAGCAGAACUAACUUCUUCGUCCGCACCCUCAAAGCACUCCAUGAAGAGUGCAACUUCAUCAUUUAAAUGCUGUGCAGUGAUUGUGCGUUGGGCUGCAGUCUUCUCAACUCAUACUUACCAUUGUGUUCCCAGAGCGGUCACUUGAGCUUCAUCUAGGGAGGUGAUAAGGAUGAGAGGCUCCAGUUAAGUGGGACCUAUGAGAAGCAGUGGUGUUGCAGGAACCCAGGCUUUGGGCACAUGAUGAGGGUGCUGUGGACUAGUGACGGUGGGGGAGCAGGCAGAUGAGAACUUCAGUAGGUGGAACUGGUGAGACAUUCAGGCUCUGAGUGAAAGGAAUCUGAAGAAAGUCUCGGAUUUCUGGCUUGAGCCACUGUAUGGGUUGGUGAUACCAUUCAAAAGGUUGGGUUUUAGGGACCUAGAUGUUUGUUUGGAAGUGGGACGUAAGCUUGGCAGCCUGGAGGAGGUAAUUCAAGUCAUGGGAAGAGAAAGAUACCCAGAGUAAAAUGAGAGAAGAGAAAAUGGCUAAGAAUAGAACUCUGAGGAGCAUUUAAUGGAUGGGUAAAGGAAAACAAACCAGUAAAGGUGACAAGAUGAGAAGGUUGGUCCAGAGAUGAAGGAAUAAAAACCAGGAGAGUGGAUUUUUUUAAUAUGGAAGGAGUGGGGAGGUUGUCAAAUGUUGUUGAAAGGUUUAUUAAGAUGAGAGAGAAGUCAGAUUGCAGCCGGGAGAGGACUGCUGCAGAAUGUGGAGGGCCUGUUAGAAUGUAUGGUGGUGUUAUUCGUGAGUUUUUAUUUGUAGCAGGCAGCCCAGAUGGUGUGGUUAUCUCUGCCUUCUCAGGAGUCUAGGUGUAGCUGUGGAAGAAAGUGAGUACUAAGGGAUCAUCCAGAGUUGGAACCUUGCCACACAAUUGAAAUGAAAUCAAGCAAAGGGGUUUCAGACCGUUCGCUAUUGACAGCUCUGCGGGACCAUGGAAUUUUGUAGAACAGGUGAGUGGAGUGAAGACAGGAGUAGGUUGAUGCACUAAGAGUAACUGAACAAGUAACCUGGGAGAAUGGGAGGCUGUGGUCAGAAAUGGAAGUCCUUGAAUAAUUAAUACUGGAAGCCCAGCAGCUCCAGGCAAUGGCAAAGUUUAAGGUGUAGUUAUAGGGGCGAGUGCUUGAGGGGCAGGCAAGGGAGGUUGCCUGGAAAUUGGUUAAUACCCCAGGGCUCAGGUAUGGGGAAGGGUUGUCUUCGUGGACUUUGAAGUUCUCCAGGGUGAUGGUAGAUGUUGGCAUGGGACAGGUGCCAACCUCUUGAAGAAGGGGACAGACCCAGGAGAUCUGCAGGCAAACAGUGGGAGAGGCUGGAUAGCAGGAAUUUCAAAAGGGCAGAGGAUUCACACAGCCUUUUAGAGAGGCUUCCGUUCUGGGGGUGAUGUGAGCCUGAUGAGUGGAGCAGGCUGCCGGGCAGCCAAGAUGAAAUACCCUGACAGUCCUCUCCAGCUUGUCAGGAUUCACUGGGGAUUACUGGGGAGAGAACUAUUGCGGCAGCUCCAGAGGUCGCUGGGAGGCAAGCCAUGAAGUCUGAGGAAUGUGUUGGAGUAGCGGGGCAUCUCUCUCACUGUAGGACACACAUCACCUUUUAUAGCUCCGAAUCUGUUUCCCACACGUUAUUUAUAUUUCUAGAUCUUGAUUAAUUUUCCCUGUUUUCUUACCAGGCUCAGCAGGAUGCCUGGGGUCGGCCUGCCUCCCUCUUUUGCUUUCCUCCCUUACUUACAAUUUGGAGUCUUUUGUUGCCUAUUCUGACCCUGGCCACCUGAGUAAAUAUCUUUCUGGGUCUGACUCAGGCCCCCAGCUCCCCCUAACCCAGCCCAGCCCCUGCAAGCAUUUCCAUCAAUUCUGCAAGCAGGACUGCCCUGAGUCUGGGUCCUGUCUGCUGCAUCAUCAGCUUCAGGACAAGCUCUUGUUCAAGUCCAUGCCCAGGCUUCAGUGUCUAACACCUGGAAAUGCAGAGGCUCACCAACUUUCAGUGGUGGAGCUGGGGCAGUGCUGCUGCUUUAGCGUUGGCCUGCAGUCCCAGAACUUGCCGUGGCGAGCCACGCACGAGUGUAUCCUGUGCACCUUGCCGGAGAGGGAGGUGUUGGGUGGUCCUGGGUCCUGUCCAGUAGGACCAUUUGAAGAGGCAAGGAGACCUCAGCACAAAGAAGCUAGGAGUGUACCGUGUGGGCUGGGGAGGGAGUUGCAGGAGACCACCCUGAAUGGGGCUGCACCCACCAGGGACAAGGGGACUGCAGAAAACAGCAAGGUGCCCCCCUUUAAAUGUCUGUGAGGCCCAUAGGGCACAGAAACACCCAGUCAAACAAGAACUAUUGUAUCCCCUUCCUCCUCUGCAGUUGGGCCCAGAGCGAUCAGCAGCUAUUAGGUGGAGAGCAGGUGAGAAGAGCAGAGAACGGACAGAUCAUUCUUCCCCUCCCCAGAGCAGCCUCCUUGACAGGGACAGAGCUGGGAGGUGAAAAUAGUUAAGGCUACAAUAUGUGCGGAUUAUUUAUUGUUACGUAGGAUUAGACGUUGUGAUCACUUGAGGUUAGGUUUGUAUCUUAAACUGAUCAUAAAGCAUCAGUGCGCUUCGAAUGAGCUGGAAAGUCGCAGGCUUGCUGUAGCUUUUCUCCACAAAAGGGGACAAGUCCCCUCAAAUGAAAAAGGGUUGGUGGGUGGUGAGAGUCAAGAACAGAGUUGGGUUUGGGUAGCGCUCUAUGCUCAUGCUCCCUUAGCACCCCUUGUAGAGGUUUUUAGCCUCUGCAGUGCUGGUGUGCUCCAGCUUUCGCUCCUGCGACACAGCCCUCAGGGAGCACAGUUCCCAAAGAAACAAGAUCUUGGCAGAGACGCAGCUCAGCUCCAGUCCCCCAACCACUUACGUAAUUGCACAAAGCCCUUUACAGAGUUUCACGGAGACCUCCCCUUAGGUCGUCCUCCAUCCCAGGUGACUUCCCAGGCUGGCCACCUGGUUCUAGGAUAUCCGACUACUGCAGUAAUGCCUUACUGGUCCAGUUGCUUCCACUGCUGCCCCCAGAGCAAUUCAUUUUCCACAUGGCUAAGGGAGCUUUUUAAAAUGUAAAUCAGAUAUGUCACUUUUCUGCUUAAAAUCCUUCAAUGGAUUCUCAUUGCUCUGAGAACAAAAGACAGACUCCUUCCCAGGCCCUGUGUGAUCUUGCCCAGGCCUCCCUCCAACUGCAUCUUAACCCGGUCCUUCCUCACGAAACUCCAGCCACACAGGCUUUCUUUUCCUUCGUCCAGUGUUCCAAGCUGUUUGACUUCUGGGCCGUUACAUACGCUGCUCCAUCUUCCCAGGAUACUUUUUUCCUUGGUGAGCUCACUUCCAUCUUCCAGAUCUUCACACCUGCAUCACCUUUCCUUGUGUGGAAAAAACUGGCUAGACACUCACCAAAACAUCCUUUUCCUGGACACGCAGUGAAACUACAUUUCCCAGCCCCUUGCGUCCAGGCGGGGCUGUGUGUGUCAUCCUCUCCAGUGGAAAGUAAGUAGGAGUGGUGUUUCAGUUCCAGACGAGCCUUGUCUGUAGUCUCCCACCCCCUCUUCUGCCUUCCAGGGUCACCUUGAAGCACAUGUUUUGAAGAUGGAGUAGUCAGAGUGUAGAAGUCUGGUUAAUUGAGUCCGUGCUUAGAGGAAAGUUGCUUGACCAAGACCAUCCACGUUAGUUUUGAACACAGACUAAACCUUUACUGCAUUAAGUUAGGGGAAUGUUACAACACUUAGCAUUCCAUGCCCUGGCUAGUAUAUCUUCUCUGGAUAUCCUGUCCACCUUACUCUUGAUCACAAAACCCUUUGUUUCCUUCAGGGUGCUUCAGACAUUUAAUUUUCUUACCAGAUGCCAGUCAACACUUCCCAGCUGUCCUGUGAGUCGGACUCCUAAUUGGGAAAACAGUGCUUGCAUGAGGAAGUUGGGAUACUGAUCUUAUCAGCUACAUUUUAAUUGUGCCCCCCCACCCCCAAAAAAUCCCACUAAAGGAUACCUUAAAUAAAUUAGAUUUUUUUUUCUCUCGUGACGCUAGAAACCUGAUGGUUGAUGGUUGUUGGCGUUGGUUCAGGAAUUCAAGGAUAUUAGCGAUUAGGUCCUUGUGAUUCUCUUGGUUUCUUGAUUCUCACAGUCACACGAUGAAAUGUUCCUGAUUAAGCAGAGACACCCUGCUUACUGUUACACUUCUCAGGGGUCUGACAGAUUGCCACAGCCCCUGUCUUUCUGGCUUUACUUCAGAGGUCCUCCUACAUUAUAAAUGUUCCAUUAAUCCUUAUAACAUGGCUAAGACCGAUCUAAAAUAUUAACAUUUUAAAUAUAUUUGUUUCCCCCGUCCCUUCCCACAUCUCAGUGGCCUGCCAGCAACUCACCCAGUUCAGAGCUGUUCUCCCUCUAGCUCAGUGGGGUCUGGAAGCCUGCAUGGUCUAUUUCUUCCACUCCUUUACCUCUGUCACUUUUAGGAUUGGGAUGGGGGCGUGUAUUAGAGGCAAAAAGUCUGAACUUCUUUUUCAGUUUCAUUGAAUCAGAGUGCUCAGCUGAGACAGGCAUUAAUAUUGGCUCAGUGUGUAGGGUAUUUGGAGCGCCCCAUGGAGACUUAGGCACUAACUGGCUUUGGUUCCCUCCUUAUGAUACUCGGCCCACACUUCCCCUUGGCUCCUCGGAGCCCGCCCCAGACAAUGUGUCCAUCCACAGCCUCCUAGUGCUAAAGUGCCUCAGCUUGGCAGGCGGCCCUCCUGGGAGGGGUCUCAGCAAACACCUUAAGACUGGUUACCUUUCUGGGAGCCCACAGGAAACUCCCAUGUUUGUCCUACCAGAUAGCGGAAGUGCAGCCAAGCUAGCAGUGGACUCCUCUCCCCUGCCCCGCACCAGCUAGCCUGACUCUGGCCUCUCCAUGUCUCUGCGGGCUCCAAGCCUUCAAAAGUGAUUCAGGUUACUUUGUCCCAAGAAGCCUCUGCCCUAGGCUCCACCCCAGUGGCCAUAUGGAGAUGACUAAGUUUCUGAGUGUAGCAAGCCUCUUGCUAGAGAAUGUAAUGCUGAAUGAAUACAAGGUCUCUCCCAGUCAUGGGAACACUGGUUUUGAUACCAUAUUUUACAGUUGUUUUGUGUGUCCCUUAACUGCUUAUUGUGGCUGCAGAUGAUUUUGCUACUUUUGUCUUUUAAUCUUCCUUCUAGUUUGUGUGUGGAUGAUUUCCUACCUUUACACACAUUAUGUAUGUCAAACAGAAUGCAUUUAAACAGAAUUGAUUACAAGUGGUAGAAGGCUGAAAGAGUCAGAAGAUGCUGAUGUAAUUAAAAGCUAAUGACUGGAGAGGUCAGAUAACAUCUUAAGGCCUGGGAAGACAGAAGGGAAGAAGGGAUACAGUUACAGGAACUAGGAGCUCGGAGAAGGGGCCCCUUUUGACUGAUAUUACCCAGACCUUCAUCGGGGAAGCUCCCUCCACAUACCUGGUGCUUGGACUUCUGAGGAAGAACAUGGCCUUGCGGGGCCAGCGGGGAGCAAGGUCUGACUGGGCUCUGACACGUGGGGGAGCUGGCCUAUCACCACUAAGAAGUGUAGCAAAGCUGCUGCUGAGCGCAGAGGAAGCUACUAGCUGGAGCCAACUGUCUGCAGCUGAAGUAACGUGACAGCACCUGGAAAACGGGGGUGAAGACCCUCCCCUGGCUUUCACUUUCAGUUUCCCUCUAUGGCAUCCCUUUGGCAGAACCUAACGAACCACCUGGCAGUGGAUUCUGGGAAGCACAGUUGGCAGAGUCACAGCUGCAGCAGCACGACUCCAGAGUGUGUGUCUGUGGGGCUGAGAGGGAGGUGUGUUGCAGAGGGAGAUGUGGAGAGUUAGGAGUGGACAGAAAAUAGGUAAACAGCCAGUGUAAUCUCUGUGGCUGCUCACACGUCUCGAUUGUUGCUUCUGUCAGCUGUGUGGUAUUCCGUAGUGUUCAUCCACCAAAGUAAACUUCUCCAUUCGCUUGGUUGCUUCAGAUUCUUUGCUGUCUGGAGAAAUUAAAAAUCCUUGCAGCUAGGGUUCUGAGCACAAAAUAAGUUCCCCCUGCUAGAUGCACUCAUCUGAGAUUUGGGAGGUAAGGGUCAUCUUCCUGCUGCUUGGCAGUUGCUGCUGGAGGCAGGUUAAGAUGUUGGGCUUUCUGCGGCAGCAUUCCCAUUGACUUCUGUUCCAAGGACAAAAUAAGGAUGCCUACUAUGGCGGUUAAAGUUCAGCAUAGGCCUGGAGGGUCAAUAGGUAAAAUAAAUCCACUCUGUGACUUCACAAGUUUGGCUGUCACAAAAUGGUUAAGAAGGGAAAUUUUGGGAAGGAUAUCAACAAGUUACUCACAGAAUUAGCGGAAAGUCCGUGGAGGCUUAGAGAACAGGCCAAGGAAGGAUGAACAGCUGCAAAAACUAAGGUCACACUUAAGUCAGUCUGGUUAGGGUGGCACUGCUGGCAACCCCAGCUGCUUGACUUUUCUCCCACUCUUUGUUCGUGCGUAGAUUGAUGCUGAGAAUUGAGUUAAUCCACCUCGAAGUUCAUGGCACUGUUAGGACUGGUUCAUGGAAGGCCCCUCUCCUGUUGUUACUCUAUUUCCUUUCUUCCUGAUCUGCACCUCUGUUCCUUUUGUGCCCUCACAGUGGCAUGGUUGUGUGUCCCUGGAGACCUAUGUAUCUUUGGCAAAACAGACAGUGGUUUUCGCAUGUGGAUGUUGUGGCAGAGACUUGCCAGCUAUCCCUCACACCCAUUUUCUUCUUCCUGGGAAAUCAGCUGGAGUCUUUCCCAGACUCUCUGAUACUUAAGUGUGGCCAUGCAUUUGAAUAUAGCCAGUUGGAUGGUAGUGGAACUAAUGUGUGCUACUUCCUAGAUUUGGAUCCUUAAAUUUUCCUAUGCACAGUCCCCCAUGUUAUUUCCACUCUGGCCGACUUGAUGCAUUUGAGCACAUGACCUUGGAAGCUACGCACUGAAGAUGAUGGAGCCAAAAGAUGGAAGUAGCAUGAGCAUCACGUAGAGGAGAGCCACCCACCAGUUAGGAACAUCUGUUCUGGACUUCACGUGAGUGAGAAAUAAAUUUCUCUCUUUUUGAGCCAUUUUUACACUUGGUUUGUUGUCACAGCAAUUAGUAAUCUUUUUUUUAAAUCCCUUUUAAUUGAACACAUCAGAAAAAGAAACAAAGCACACAUCCAUACUGAAAAGUAAACAAAAAUGUUCAGCCUAUUGGUCUGUCACAAGGUCAUAACCUGUGUAACCACCACCCAGACUAAGAAACAGAAUGCUGUCUGUCAACACCCAAAAGUCUCUUUUGUGUCCCCUCCCAAACUUUUCUUCUCUCGACUUCACCAAGUUACCACCAUCCUGACUUUCAUCAUGUGAAUUUCCUUGCUUUUCUUUAUAGUCUCACUAGUCAAGCAUCCAUACCUGAAUUGCAUAUAUUUCCAUGUAUCUGGCUGCUUUGACUCAACAUUAGGUUUAUGGGAUUCAUCCAUGUAUUGCGUCUAGCAGUUCUUAAUCUUAAUGUAGCCUAGUUUAUCCGUCAUCCAUGGUUAAUGCUGUGUGUGCCUAUUUAAUGAGUCAUUCCUACCCCCAAAGGAUGACGAUAUCUUACUAAAUUAUCUUCUGGAAGUAUUAGUAUUUUGCUUUCCAUAAUUCUACAACCCAUGUGCAACUGAUUUUUCUGUGUGGUUAGAAUAGGAGCCAAGUUUAAUUUUAUUUUCACUUAAGAUAUCCAAUUAACCCAAAAUUGUUCAUUGGAAAAAAUUUUUUCCUGUUGCUGUCCACCUCUCCGUAUUUUUCUGUGUAUGUACGAGUUUGUUUCUGGGCAUCCUAAUCUGUACGUCUGUCUUCGCACCAACGCCUGACUGUUUAAACUACUGUAGCUUUCUAAGAAGUCUUAGGAUGUGGUACCACAAGUCCCACACACUUUCCUUCUCCAAAAGGACUAUUGUUGGCCCUUUGCAUUUCUAUGAUUGUCAAGUUCCCCAGACACCCUGCUGGGAUUUCCUCAUGCUAGAUUAGUUUGGGACAAAUUGGUAUAUUUGUAAUACUGAGGCUUCCAAUUCUGUGGUCUUUGUGCUCCAUUUCAUUGAUUGCUGUCAGUAAUGUUUUAUAGAUUUAUGUGCAAAAGUCUUCUUGCCCAUCUUUUGUUAGAUUUAUUCCUAGGCAUUUACUGUUUCUUUUUUAAAUGUCUUGCAAAUAGGAUCCUUAGAAAUUUCACUUUCUGCUUCCUUGUAUAUAGAAAUAUAACCAAUUUUUUAUGUGUUGACCAUGGAGCAACACCUUUGCUAAAUAACCUGACUUACUGAUUGAUUCUAAUGACUUAUCUGUAUUCUUUUAUUUUCCACAUAUAUUAUACUCAUAUCAUCUCUGAAUAUCAUAUCAGUUUUAUUUCAUCCUUUCCAGUUCUGUAUCAUUUAUUUCUUUUUCAUGCUCAUUCCACUGGCCAGGACAUCCAUCAUUAUGUUCAAGAAAAUAGGUGUUGGUGGAAGUCUUUGAAUCAUUCUCAGACUUGAAUGAAAGCUUUCAGUAUUUCAUCAUUGGGUGUGGUAUUUUGAUGUGAGAGUCUAAUUAAUGGUCAGAUUAAUAAUGUGUUCUAUUUGCUGUUAUUUUUAUCAUGAAUUGGAUUUUGAAUUUUGUCAAAUGCUGCUUCUGAAUUGAGAUAAUCAUAUCUUUUGUAAAAAUUCUGUCAGUGUAGCAAGUAAAAGGUUUAUUUCCAUAUGUGAAUUUUUGGAGUAAAAUGCUUAGUUGAUUAUUUCCUUUUUAUAUAUUGAUGAAAUCAGUUUGAUGAUAUUUUGUGUAGGACUUUUUUUUUUUAAAGGCUUUUAUUUAUUUUUAACUUUUUGGGGGUGGGGUGGGGAGGUAAUUAGGUUUUUAUUUAUUUAUUUCUCUUUAAUGGACGUACUGGGGAUUGAACCCAGGACCUUGUGCAUGGUAGGCACCACCCUCUACCAUGGAGCUCUACCCUCCCCCCUGUGUGGGACUUUUUAAUCUGUGCUCAUCAGGGAACGUAAAUGGUAUCUUCCUAUAAAGCUUCCUUUUUCUACUCCA